AUGGCAAUCAGUGCAGCCCAGAACCCCCUCUACAUCGGGUUCGACCUCUCCACCCAGCAGCUCAAGGGCCUGGUCGUCAAUUCCGACCUCAAGGUCGUCUACCUCUCCAAGUUCGACUUUGACGCCGACUCGCGCGGCUUCCCCAUCAAGAAGGGCGUCAUCACCAAUGAAGCCGAACAUGAAGUCUACGCCCCCGUCGCCAUGUGGCUCCAGGCCCUCGACACCGUCCUCGACGGGCUGCGCCAGCAGGGUCUCGAUUUCUCCCGCGUAAAGGGCAUCAGUGGCGCCGGACAACAGCAUGGCAGUGUCUACUGGGGCGACCGGGCGGAGGACCUCCUCCAGAACCUGGAUCCCUCCAAGUCGCUGGAAGCCCAGCUCAGCGAUGCCUUCUCCCACCCCUACAGCCCCAAUUGGCAGGAUGCGAGCACCCAGAAAGAAUGCGACGAGUUCGACGCUUACCUGGGGAGUCAGGAGGCAUUGGCGCAGGCGACGGGGAGUAAGGCGCACCACCGUUUCACCGGCCCCCAGAUUCUGCGCUUCCAGCGGAAAUACCCCGACGUCUAUCGCCACACCCAGCGCAUCUCGCUGGUUUCCUCGUUCCUGGCCUCGCUUUUCCUGGGCCGCUUCGCUCCCUUUGAUAUCUCCGACGUCUGCGGCAUGAACCUGUGGAAUAUCAAGCAAGGAGCCUAUGAUGAGAAGCUCUUAAAGCUCUGCGCUGGGUCGUUUGGUGUCGACGACCUCAAGCGCAAGCUUGGGCCCGUCUACGAAGACGGCGGUCUCAACCUGGGCUCCAUCCACCGCUACUACGUCGACCGCUACGGCUUCAACCCGGAUUGCACUAUUAUUCCGGCCACGGGCGAUAACCCGGCUACCAUCCUAGCCCUGCCGCUGCGGCCCUCCGACGCCAUGGUCUCCCUCGGCACCUCCACCACCUUCCUCAUGUCUACCCCGAGCUACCAGCCCCAUCCGGCCACGCAUUUCUUCAACCACCCCACCACGGCGGGUCUGUACAUGUUCAUGCUGUGCUACAAGAACGGCGGGCUGGCCCGCGAACAGAUCCGCGACGCUGUCAACGACAAGCUGGGCUCGUCCGAUGACGUGUGGGCGAACUUUGACCGCACCGCGCUGCAGACCCCGCCGCUGGGCCAGAAGGCCGACUCUGACCCCAUGAAGAUGGGUCUGUUCUUCCCGCGACCAGAGAUUGUGCCGAACCUGCGCUCGGGACAGUGGCGCUUCGAUUACAACCCGGCGGAUGGGUCGCUGCACGAGACGACCGCCGGCUGGGAUCAGCCGCUGGAUGAGGCGCGGGCCAUCAUCGAGAGCCAGAUGCUGUCGCUGCGGUUGCGCUCGCGCGGUCUGACCAGCAGUCCCGGCGACGGCAAGCCCCCGCAGCCGCGCCGCGUAUACCUCGUCGGCGGCGGGUCAAAGAACAAGGCGAUCGCCAAGAUCGCCGGCGAGAUCCUCGGUGGCAGCGAGGGCGUGUACAAGCUGGAGAUUGGCGACAAUGCGUGUGCGCUGGGAGCGGCGUACAAGGCAGUCUGGGCGUUGGAGCGCUCCAACGGCCAGACGUUUGAGGAUCUGAUCGGCCAGCGCUGGAAGGAGGAGGACUUCAUCGAGAAGAUUGCAGAUGGAUACCAGCCUGGGGUGUUUGAAAAGUACGGACAGGCCGUGGAGGGGUUCGAGAAGAUGGAGCUGCAGGUGCUGCAGCAGGAGAAAAAAUAA